UGCUGUUGCUGGCAGGGAGCUCAGCACUAACACCAACUAGCGAGGGGGGAAGAUUAUUUCUGGUGGUUUGGAAGUCUUUGAAAGCUACAUAUUUUAAUUGUCCACAUGGGAGGGGUUUUCCGGCAAACUACUGAUAGAUUUUCUUUUAAAAGGGUUUCAGUCUUUUCUGAGCCACUUUGUAGGGUCUAAAGUUUUGGACAGAUACACGUCUUCCCUUUCUGUGAACUAAAGCUUCGAACAUUCAUUCAUAAUAUGAAGAUGCUGCUGACUUUGUUCCUCUUCCUUAUUGGGAGUCAAACUUCAGUAACUCAAACACCUGCCUCUACAUCUGCAGAUAUUGUCCUAUUGGUUGACAGCUCUAGUAGCCUGGGAGACAAGACGUUCCCCUCUGUGAAGGCUUUUAUUAGCAAAACGAUCGGUCUUCUAACAGCGACUCCUACUCAAUACCGUAUUGCACUUGCCCAAUAUAGUGAUGAUUUGCACCUUGAAUUUCAGCUGGACACCCAUAAAACUAAGAAUGCAAUGCUGAACCAUGUCAAAAAGAACUUUGUAUUCAAGGGUGGGUCUGUAAGAACAGGCAAUGCCCUCCAAAAAGUUCACAGUGCCUAUUUUAAAGGACCAAUUAGCAGAAGAGACAAAAACAGAAUUUUAGUAGUUCUGACUUCAGGAAAAUCCGAGGAUGAUGUGGAAAAGCCUGCCAAUGAUUUGAAAAGUGAUGGGGUAAAAAUUAUAGCCCUGGGGAUGCCUGAUACUGAUCUUAAAGAACUGCAGUCAAUGGCUACACCUCGCUUUUCGCAAAAGUUUCGCACAUUGAGGGAUCUUAGUAUGUUUUCUCAAAACAUGACCAAGAUAAUUGAGAGUGUUAUUCAGCCACCCCCAGAUGUUAUUCAACCACCCCCAGAUGUUAUUCAACCACCCGCAGAUAUUAAGAAAGGAGAAGUUUGCAUGAGUAAUUUUGUUGCUGAUGUUGUGUUCAUAGUAGAUGAGGGGGUUUCAAUACCACAAUCUGAAGAUAUUAAACAAUUCCUGCAAAAUGCAAUUGACUCUCUUGAUGUGCAGAAGGAUUGUGUACAGAUUGGCCUAGUGACAUACAGCAGCAAGCCACGUUUGUUAUCUCUACUGAGUGAAGAAAUGAGCAAAACUGCCAUUUUGGAGAAAAUAAAAGGCUUUUCUCCAAGGGAAGGGAAGGCCAAUAUCGGUGCUGCCAUUAAUGCUACAAGGAAAGACGUCUUCAGUGUAAGAUUUGGAAGUAGAAAGGCCCAAAGGAUAGAGCAAAUAGCCAUUCUGAUCACCCACAGACCUUCUGAAGACAACGUAAGUGAGGCAGCUCUUGGUCUUCGGAAAGCAGGUGUGACCGUAUUCACCGUAGGUGUUGAAAAUGCUGAUGACACCCAGUUAACCCAGAUAGCAUCUCAUCCGCCACAGCUAUAUGUUACUAAGCUGACGGCAUUUUCUAACCUACCAGGACAAGCCAAAAAUUUACAAAAGAAACUCCUGAAUCAAAUUCAAGACAAGAUGUAUUUCCAGUCUGAAAGAAGAGAACUACUUAAAGCAGGAUGUAUGGACACAGAGGAAGCUGAUAUUUAUAUGCUCAUUGAUGGCUCAACAAGCAUUUCUUCUGAUGCCUUCAGAGAGAUCAAACAUUUUUUGAAGGAAGUGAUUAAGAUGUUUAACAUAGGACCGAAUAAAGUUCGCUUUGGAGCUGUACAAUAUUCACACAACUUUCGCACAGAGUUUAAACUUAAUGACUACAACACAAAAAAUGAGUUAGAGAAAGCCAUUGACAACAUUAGGCAAAUAUACGGGGAUACCUAUAUUGGAGCAGCUCUGACUUACAUGCAGCCACUGCUUAAAGAGGCAAGGAAUCAGCGACCUGGUGGGGUGCCUUGUUACCUCAUUGUCUUAACAGAUGGGGUGUCACAUGACAAUGUAAAGGAGCCUGCUGAGCAGCUGAGGAAUGAGAAGAUCAAUAUUUAUGCUGUAGGUGUUAAAGGUGCAAACGAAGAACAGCUGCAUGAAAUUGCAGGGCCAAACAACAAGCCUUUCUUUGUGCAAGAGUUUGACGCCUUGAAAACCAUAAAAAAUGAAAUUGUUCAAAGGAUCUGUACUGGGGAAGCCUGCAGAGAAAUGAGAGCUGACAUCAUGUUCCUAGUGGACAGUUCUGGAAGCAUAGGGCAAGACAACUUUUCGAAAAUGAAAAGCUUUAUGAAAGAACUGGUGAAGAAAUCUGACAUUGGUGCAGACCGAGUGCAGGUUGGGGUCGUCCAGUUCAGCGGCACAAACCAGGAAGAAUUCCAGCUUAACCGAUACUCUUCUAAAAGUGAUAUUUUCAGUGCUAUUGAUGGAAUGUCACUCAUGGGGGACAUUACACUAACAGGAGGCGCAUUGACAUUCGUGUCUGAUUAUUUCAAGCCUUCCAAGGGUGCACGUCCUGGUGUCAAAAAGUUUCUUAUCCUGAUUACAGAUGGGGUGGCAGGGGAUGAAGUAAAAUCUCCAGCAGAAAAGCUACAAAAUCAAGGUGUCGUCAUCUUCUCUGUUGGGGUAUUUAAUGCAAAUAAAACUCAGCUAGAAGAAAUUAGUGGGACGCGUAAGCUGGUUUUUUAUGUUGAGAAGUUUGAUAUUUUGAAGCAUAUAGAAGAUGAGCUCAUCUUUAGAAUAUGCAGUCCCUAUGAAGAGUGCAAAAGGAUAGAAAGAUUAGACGUUGUGUUUGUGAUAGAUGAAUCAGGAAGCAUAAGUCGCGAACAGUACGAGACCAUGAAAGAGUUCAUGAUCACUUUGGUAAAAAAAUCUGAUGUCGCUCCAGACAGAGUUCAAUUUGGAGCAGUAAAAUAUUCUGAUGAACCAACAAUGCUUUUCUACCUUAACGAGUACAAUGCAAAAUCCAAGAUUGUGGAGGCUAUCCAGAAAGACACAUCUCGAGGAGGCUCAACGUAUACAGCCAAGGCAAUUGCCUACGCAGAAUCUCUAUUUGCUAAGGAGCAUGGUAGCCGCAAAGACAAGGGAGUUCCCCAGAUUCUUAUAGUGAUAACAGACGGUGUCUCCCAUGAUACCGCACAGCUCAAUGACACAGCCAAGAGAUUAAGAGACAAGGGGAUUAUUAUCUAUGCUGUUGGGAUAAAAGACGCAAAUUCUGGUGAGCUUUUGGGCAUGGCUGGUUCAGAAGACAAAUAUUUCUAUGUGGAUACAUUUGAAGGACUCAAAAACACAUCAGUAGUAGUAUCUGAUACAGUAUGUGGUGAUUCAAAACCAGAGUGUGAAAUUAAAGCAGAUCUUGUUUUCUUGAUUGAUGGCUCCAAUAGUAUAGAUCCAAAUGACUUCAUCAAGAUGAAGAAAUUCUUGGAAUCUGUAAUCGAUCUGAUUUUUUAUGAACACAAUGUUCAAGUUGGCAUUGCCCAGUACAGUGACUUGUAUAAAAAAGAAGUCGACCUAGGUGCUUUUCCAGGCAAAACAGAACUGAAAGCUCGAAUUCAGAACAUUAAACAGAUUACAGGAUAUACUUUAAUUGGAAGUGCACUUACAAAUGUGAAGGAAUUCUUUGCCCCGUCAGGCAGCAAAAGAGCAACAAGAAAUGUUCGACCAAUUUUGCUGGUACUCACUGAUGGGGAGUCACAGGAUAAUGUUGCUGAACCAGCAGAAAAUCUGAGAAAGCAAGGUGUUGAUAUGUAUGCUAUAGGAGUUGGGAAUAUUAAUGACUUCCAGCUCAUGCAGAUAGCUGGUGCUGCAGAAAGGAAGUACACUGUCGAUGAUUUCAGUAAGCUGAAGAGCAUUAAAAAAAGAUUAGUUGACGAUGUAUGCAACCCUGUUGUUCCUACAACUUGUUUUGUGGAUAUUGUUGUGGGAUUUGAUAUCUCUUCGCAAAAGAGAGGUGACCAUUUAUUUGAUGGACAGUUCCAGUUGAAAACAUAUCUCCCUGGCAUUCUGAAAGCUCUUACAUCCUUAAGUAGUCUGAGUUGCAAUGUAGGAACAAAGACACAGAGCAGUGUGGCUGUUUAUCUGAGCAACACACUUACACCUGGGUCUUCAAAGUUCGAAAUUGACAGCGAGAAAAUUCUGAACAUCCUAAGAAAUCUCACCAUCAAUACAACAUCUUAUCUCAAUAGCAACUUUCUGGAGUCGCUUUGGAAAACAUUUACAAGCAAUUCUGAUGAUCAGAAUCGAAAGAAGGUUUUACUUGUAUUUUCAGAUGGUUUGGAUGAAAAUGUGGAAAAACUUGAACAAAAGUCAGAAGAACUCAGAAAGAAAGGCUUGAAUGCACUGAUAACGGUUGUUCUGGAAAGAGCCUCUAAUUCUCAUGAGCUUCAGUAUAUUGAGUUUGGAAGAGGAUCUGAAUACAAUAACCCACUAACCAUAGACAAGCAAAAUAUUGCCAACGCUCUAGCCCUCUCUGUGCGCAACAUGGCUGAAAGGAUAUGCUGUUCAGUGCCUUGCAUGUGCAUUGGGGACGGAGGUGCAGCUGGCUACCGAGGGGGACAAGGAGAUAAAGGAGCUAAAGGUGUAAAAGGCCAUGCAGGACACUUAGGAGAAGACGGAGAGCUGGGUUCAAGAGGACUAACUGGGCUGCCGGGAGAACAAGGGAUUAAGGGAUGCGAGGGUAGUAGAGGUCUUAAAGGAUACCGAGGAAUAUCUGGUCAAAAGGGAAACCAAGGGGACAACGGGAUUGAUGGAGUUAAUGGAGAGCAGGGAUCACUUGGGCAUCCAGGAAUAAAAGGAGAAAAGGGUGACCUAGGCAACAUGGGCAAUCCAGGGCCAAGAGGACCCUUUGGUGACCGUGGUGAGAAGGGCUUCCGAGGAGAUCCUGGUAACUCUGGAUUGAACAAUGUCGAAAGGGGGCCUAAGGGUUCAAAAGGAGACUGGGGAAGACAGGGUGAAAAAGGACCAAUGGGGUCACCAGGCUCACCAGGCUCUAGGGGAACCCCGGGACCAAAUGGUCGAAGAGGAGCCCCGGGUUUACAGAUAAGGGUAGUUGAAGAAUUUAUUGUAAAAACUAUAGGUCUGAAGAUCCAAGCAAAAAUUUGGCAGUGCAUGCUGGUAGUCUUGACAGACUGA